CUUGCAGUAACGUGUGAACUCGUGGAUUUUUUAGGGGUUGAGGCUUUCAUUUAAUUCGGUGGUUAGUUUGAUUUGCAGUGCAUGCUGAUAAACAACAGACUAGACCCGACAGGGCGCGCUUGAUCCGUACACGGUGAGCAGCGCUUGAAUGUAAGUAGGGGACACGUUAUAUAUAUAUAUAUAUAUAAAGCUCCAGAUAGUUCACUGCAGCGGUCACAAUGAUCGGAAGACGCCGACAGCCGGAGACCCUCGACCUUCUUCGCUGUGGGCACUUCGCCCUCUGCCUCUAGAACAGCGUCAGCUGGGUCUGCUCAGUGUGUAACGAGGCCCACAAAACAACAGAACUGGUUCUGAAGUUCUGUUUAACUGGUAUCACUUUCAGCACCGCUCAGCCGUCCAAAAUAAAUGUUUCCAUACACCGUGUUGGCACUCCCUCGUGUUUCAGGGUCAGAGGGUAAAGGCUGGGUCACCCAGCGGUCUGGACCGUACGACACACAGCCAUCUUGGCUCUGCGAGAAGCGGAGAAAUGAACGCGUGAACGUUAGAGAUGGGAGCUCUUCAGCCUCGCUAGCCAUGGUGACAAACAGCAUGUUUAGUACUACUAGAAAGAAGUUUGUGGAGGAGGUUGAAAGUGACUACCCAGAUGAGAGCAUGUACUACAGCCAGACAUCGAUGUUUCCACAUCGACCGGAGAAAGACAUGCUGGCAUCUCCGUCUCAAUCAUCAUCAGGUCAAUUGUCACAGCUUGGUGCAAGUUUAUACGGUCCUCAAAGUGCACUAGGAUUCCCAAUCAGGGGGAUAAGCAGCAACAACCCACAGCUAAACCGCAGCUUAUCACAAACCAGUCAAUUAUCAAGUCAUGCCACACCCACAACAGGUGUUCCUACAAUGUCCCUUCAUACUCCACCCUCACCAAGUAGGGGGAUUUUGCCAAUGAAUACGAGGAACAUGAUGAAUCAUGUGCAGGUGGGACAGAGCAUGUCAGUGAGUGGAAGGACCAACAGCAUCAGCAGUUCGGGCCUGGGCAGUCCGAAUCGCGGCUCACCCAGUAUUAUCUGCAUGCCCAAGCAGCAGCAGUCCAGGCCGCCGCUCACCAUCAACAGUAUGUCUGGGUUUGGAAUGGGCCGAAAUCCUGCUUUUGGGAUGAACAGUUCUUUAUCAAGCAACAUCUUCAAUGGAACAGAUGGGAGUGAAAAUGUGACUGGACUGGACCUGUCAGAUUUCCCUGCGUUAGCAGACAGGAGUCGAAGGGAAGGAAGUGGAAAUCCAACCCCUCUGCUAAACCCACUGGCUGGGAGAGCUCCAUAUGUUGGCAUGGUCACAAAACCAUCAAAUGAACAGUCCCAAGACUUCUCUAUCCACAACGAGGACUUCCCUGCACUUCCCGGACCCAACUAUAAGGAUCCCACAUUGAGUAAUGAUGACAGCAAAGCGAACUUAAACUCAUCAGGUAAAAAUGUAUCCAGCACAGAUGGGCCCAAAUUUCCUGGAGACAAGAGCUUGAUGUCGCAGAACAAUAACCAACAGAAAAAGGGAAUUCAGGUGCUGGCAGAUGGCCGAGUGACUAACAUUCCAUCUGGGAUGGUGACAGACCAGUUUGGGAUGAUUGGCUUGUUAACAUUUAUUCGAGCAGCAGAGACGGACCCGGGCAUGGUGCACUUGGCAUUGGGGAAUGACCUGACGACGCUCGGCCUAAAUUUAAACUCGCCAGAAAACCUUUAUCCCAAGUUUGCCUCUCCCUGGGCAUCUGUACCUUGUCGGCCCCAAGACAUUGACUUCCAUGUUCCAUCGGAGUAUUUAACCAACAUUCACAUAAGGAAUAAGCUUGCUGCAAUAAAACUGUCACGAUAUGGAGAAGACCUUCUCUUCUACCUUUACUACAUGAAUGGUGGAGACCUGCUCCAGCUUUUAGCAGCAGUAGAGCUUUUCAAUCGCGACUGGAGGUACCAUAAAGAAGAGAGGGUGUGGAUCACACGAGCACCAGGCAUGGAGCCCACGCUAAAGACCAAUACCUAUGAAAGAGGGACAUAUUACUUCUUUGAUUGUCUUAACUGGAGAAAAGUAGCAAAGGAGUUUCACUUGGAGUAUGACAAGCUAGAAGAGCGGCCACACGUGCCAUCCACGUUCAACUACAAUCCAGCCCAACAAGCCUUCUGAGGUCUGCUCAUGGGGAUGGACUGACUUGGCAUGACACUUGCUGAAAUGGCAGAGGCCAGUUGUGGUUCAGGCAUCCUGCUUUUUACUCCAGCGUCAUCUGAAGUGCUACUACUGCCUGCUGCUUUGUGCUGGGAUACUUCCUCCAUCGUAAUGUGCUGCUGAAAACAUCCUACCCACCAGAGCUAAAGAAAAAAUUCUCUUCCUUUGUUCCUCUCUUGCUUUUGUUUUUUUUUUGUUUUUUUUUUGUUGUUUUGUUUUGUUUUUUUUGGUUUUUUAAUGAGAAGUCUCACUUUUCUUUAAAUGUCUGCCAUCCAUGUGCACGGAAAGGCAGGCAGCCAUGCACAAAUGCAGCGUAACAGUAACCGAAUAAGGUUAGUUCUUAAUUUUCUCAUGUGCUUCAACAAACCAUCAAACUGUGCACACAUACAAACGUAUGAUACAUUUCGAAGGCCUGGAGAGAUUGAAAUGUUCAAUGUUUAAGGCACUAUUUGGUUAAAAAAAAUACAAAUAAUGUGGUUAAGUGCAUCUUUUAAGUAUGAAGACAUUUGUAGAGCAUAGACUCUUAUAAAAGUAUUUUAAAUUAAUUUGUUCACGUCUCAACACAAAUGCAGCCCUUCACUACUACAGUCACCCAUUUCCAUGCAAAUAGCUUGAAAGCAUCCUUGCUGCAGAACUGCAGCUCUCCUAGUGUUCAAAAUGUAUAGAUAUUCCUCCUUUCUGAACGAACAAACUAGGAAAACACUGUCCAGUCUUUGUUACAAUUUUGUAAUAGAAGUGUCUUUUUUUUUCUUUUUUUUUUUUUUCUUUUGGACAUCACAAAAAUAAAGGUGUGUGUGUGUGUGUGCGUGCGUGCGUGUAUGACAGACGUAUGUAAUGAUCUCUAUUUUGCAGAAAAAAAGAAAAAAACCCACAGAAUUGGUGUCCUGUUGAACCUCAUUUUUUGGAGGUAGCAUGGAGGCAGUAUGUGUGUGGGGGUAAUGUGGCUUUUUGCUGGAGCUGCUGAACAGGGGACCACGAGCUGGCAUCCUGUACAUUUUGGUCACCACCAGUAAAGCUGAGAAUAAACUAAAGAGCCAGACUUUUAGUGAACCAAGGACAGCCACACCCAUGUGACUAAGAUGUGGAUGCGAUUGCAGGAGGACUGAGGCACUUCACUGGCUGUUUUCAACAGCAGCAUUUCGUAGGAAAAACAAAAACAAUAAAAAAAAAUCUAUGGUUACGAA